CCGUCAACUGCCGUGCCGUCUGCUCAAGUGCCCAAUAAUAAUACCUAGUAAUAAUAAUAGUAAUAACGAUACUCUCCGUUGGUGUCCGUCUGYGAUCGUAUUUCGCCCGCGUGUUUUUUUCAUUAAAUCAUUUAUUCAAGUUUUAUAUAAUCACCUGUGGAUUUAUGGUACGUAUUAUGUACAUAUUUUCCAUUGCCGUGAUUGCAUACUUACAUGAAUAAUAAAUAUAUACCGUUGGCUAACAUAAUAUAGUAACACACAUACGAGUAUAACGCUACCAGCGAAAUUGUCAACAGGUAUACAGCUGCAAUAACAGUGACGAAUGGUGGUCAACGAGUAACCCAGCUGCAGACGAUGGAUAUGGUUCAGUUUCGUCAUCAUCAUCAUCAGCAGCAGCAUCAGCAGCAACAGCUGCACYACCACCAGUCAUUCGAUGCACAUCAUCAGGGUCAUCUGGGUGCAGCAGUGGCGAUCACCGACUACGGUUGCGUGAACCUGGGAAAUUCCGACGGMAAGGGCGAAACGCCGUCGCGGCACGGCUCGUACUGGCAGUGGCAACACUCGUCGGACGGUUCGUCAUCAGAGGGGUUCAAUCACGGGCAGCGAGCAUUCCUCGAUGACUCCGUGGACCACGGCUGCUGGGACGCGACUGCCAGCUGUGGUAGUCCGCCACUGCCWUCGACCAGACUGUCCAGACUACCGCCGGCAGACGGCGAAUGCUCGUUCACCGGUCAUCUGCAGCUACUGCAGCCACUGACKUCCAGGCACAGCGAUCGAUGGAAUCGUUCCUAUUUCAGACAAUCAUCAAAUGAUUACAUACCAACAAAACCUAACAGCAAAGAGUCAAYAUCUCCUACGGUAGCAAGAAAAAGACGUUUAGCAGCUAAUGCGAGGGAACGUAGACGCAUGAAUGGCUUAAAUGAAGCAUUUGAUAGACUCAGAGAAGCUAUACCAAUGUCCAUAGAAGAUGAACACAAAUUAUCAAAAUAUGAAACGCUACAAAUGGCUCAAAGUUAUAUAACAGCGUUAUGCAACUUACUAAAUCAAGCUCAUAAAUAAAAUAUAAUUUAUUAGUUAUUACUGAAUUGUCAAUUUUUUUUACACAUAAAAUGUUUUCUAGUCAC